GUCGUCGCAGCCUGUAGUACGAGGCACGAGAGCAGCGCAGUUUAGGGUCCGCGUCGUGACGAGUCGUGCCGAGCUGCCAAAGUGUGACAUAACCUCCAAAAAAGCAUCGAGUUUCUUCACCGCGUUCCAUUUACACGGGCGCCAAUAGCCGGGUGAGCGCAUCUUCGCCGUUUUUGCACUUCUUUUGAGUUUUUCUCAACAUUACGUGUAAAAUACACAAGAAAGGCGAAUUUUAGUGCCUGGUUUUUAGGAGGGUUGGUCAAAAUUCUGUCCCUCAGGAAAAAUCCGAAAAAGAUGGCCAACGCGUACGACAUUUUCGGCGGGGUGUGCGUCUUCGUCGUGUCCGUCCAGCUGCUCCGGAAGGUGUUCCCAUGGCUGUACGAGAACCUGCUCGGGCCGAAGCUGUUCGGGUCCAGCAUCCGGCUGAAGGAGCUGGGAUCGUGGGCAGUGGUAACCGGAGCAACCGAUGGAAUUGGCAAGGCCUACGCGAAAGCUCUCGCCAAGAAGGGCCUCAACGUGGUGCUCAUCAGCCGGACCCAGUCCAAGCUGGAAGAGGUAGCGAAGGAGAUUGAAGCGGAAUCCAAGGUCCUAACCAAAAUCAUCACCGCGGACUUUACAUCCGGUCCGGAGAUCUACGACAACAUCCGGGCGCAAACGGCCGAACUCGAGGUGGGCGUGCUGGUCAACAACGUGGGCAUGAGCUACGCCAACCCGGAGUUCUUCCUGGCACUGCCCAACCAGGAAAAGUUCAUCAACCAAGUGGUCACAUGCAACAUCUUCUCGGUAACGCGAAUGUGCACCCUGUUCCUGCCCGGCAUGGUCGAACGGCGCAAGGGAGCGAUCAUCAACAUUUCCUCUCUCUCGGCGGUCAUCCCCGCUCCGAUGCUGACCGUGUACGCCGCCUCGAAGGCGUUCGUCGACAAGUUUAGCGAUGAUCUUGCAACCGAGUACGUCCGGCACGGCAUCACCGUUCAGUCGGUUCUGCCGGGUCCGGUCGCGACCAACAUGUCCAAGAUCCGUCGGGCCACGUGGAUGUCCUGUGCGCCCAAAACGUUCGUCUCCAGUGCCCUGGCCACGCUUGGUGUUGCCCGCCAUACCACCGGCUACUAUCCGCACUCGCUGCUGCAGCUUGGCAUCGACAUGAUCGGCCUGUUUUCGCCCUACGUCAGCCAGAAGAUCACCCUCAACACGAUGAACAACAUUCGCGCCAGAGCAGUCAAGAGGGCGGCCAAGCUGGCUGCGGAAACCAAAUAAUUCUAGCUUUUCAUUUUUCCUAGCUUUCUUAGACACGUGUGCGUGAUCUCCAGACAACCGCGUAAUUUAUUUGCGAAAGAGUUCACUCAUUUCAAGUCUCGUCCGCGAUCGGUGCUUAGCGGAUGCGAAGACAGUCCAACAAAUGGCAUUUGUUACAGUUUAGUAGGAAUCGAGGUUUAGUGUAAUAAGUGGAGUAUUUUAACAAAUCAAUAAUACAAAGAUAUGAACCCUUUAGUUUAAGGUUGUAAACAAUUAAACAUUGAAAUGCGAAAGAU